GGGGCCCGAAAUUAGGGGCUACCAGGCCGUGAGGACCGCUAGUCCCACCACUCUCUCGGCCCCGCGGCAGCCGGAAUCGGGCUUCUGCUUCCCAGCCCGCGGCGCCCCCACCACUCCCCCGGCUUUCCGGGAUCCGAAUUUGGAGGCUCCUUAAAGGGUCCCCGUUGCUCUUCGCCCGGUCCUGCAGAACGGAAGUGGGGAUCCUGGACUUCGGUCCCAGACGGUGGAGAUCGGGAUGGCUUCCGUGCUGAUCCGAGAAGCCAAGGAGGGAGACUGUGGAAAUAUCCUGAGGCUGAUUCGGGAACUCGCUGAGUACGAGAAACUCUCAGACCAGGUGAAGAUCAGUGAAGAAGCCCUGAGAGAAGAUGGCUUUGGAGAGAAUCCUUUCUAUCACUGUUUGGUAGCAGAGAUUCUUCCUGUCCCCGGGGAGCCACAGGGGCCCUGUGUGGUGGGCUAUGGGCUAUACUACUUCAUCUACAGCACAUGGAAGGGACGAAACAUUUAUCUGGAAGACAUCUACGUGAAGCCAGAGUAUCGGGGUCAGGGAAUUGGCUCCGAAAUAAUCAAAAAAGUGGCUGAGGUGGCCCUGGAUAAGGGCUGCUCCCAGUUCCGCCUGGCAGUCCUAGACUGGAACAAGGGGGCUAUGGACUUGUAUAAGGCCCUAGGAGCCCAAGAUCUGACGGAAGCUGAAGGUUGGCACUGCUUUCGCUUUGAAGGAGAGGCGAUGAGGGAGUUGGCAGGAAAGUGACGCCAUCCCUUGGGGAUCUCCAUUUCAGCUUCUUCAUCCCCACCAGCUCAAGCAGUCCUCAGAGACUGUCUCCACUGACCAAGGCCUCCCGGAAGGAAGGGAAGGAGGGUUGGAGGUGAAUAUUCCCAGAUGGAAAGAACAGAGGUGAGGAAGAGGCAAGCCUUCCCACCUCCUUGUUAAGGGUGAAAAAUAAAUGAGAAUUCCCA